AUGGCCGGGAGAGGAGCAGCAAAUCUGGAUGCAAAGAAGGCUGUGCGUCCGUGCCAUAGCUACAGUGAGAGGGACUUUAAUGAUGUCUGGGGCUCAGUCAAGGAUUACCUUUUGAUAGAGACCUUGGACAACGAUGGCAAGUCUCAGGGGCACGCUGUAGUGGAAAUGGUGCGAAAGUAUCCUGCUGACACGGAUGGGGCUUUUGCCAUGAUUGGUUACUGUGCCUGCUCAGACCAGUACUACGACUGGUGGACGAAAAACGAGCUCCGAGCCGAUUGUUACCACCAUUUUUGUAGGAUGGCCUCCUUGAAAGCCUGCGUGAAGAAGAUCGGGACAUCUUGUGUUGGACCCAUUCAUGUGCUGAAGUGGACUCCUUUACUUCGCCGUGAAGCUGAGGAGUACCUCACGGAAUGGGGUGUGUCUUUGACUGUGCUGAAGAAGAAAAAGGUCACCCUGCCUUCUCCAUUGAGUCUUAGCCCUAAGAAGGAUGAAGAUGAGAAUAAGGAGACGCAAAAGUCAAAGGGAAAACAUCGAAGUUCUGGUCAUGAGGAUGAUGAUGAUGAGCAUAGCGGUGGCCAUGUCAUUGGCCGCAGUGGACGGAGGAGGCGCACUCACCAGAGGAGAGAUGAGGGCCGCUCAGGUGAGGAGUCGGAGAGUCCACAAAAGCCGAAGUCGAGUAGACCUGGCCCCAAGGAUGGGAAAGGUCGUCAUGGGCCGGAUGAGAACCCGAAGAAGCGCAAGGCAGAGGAGGCCGCUUUGGAUGCUUUGAUAGACGAGGAUCCCAAGGAUUCAGAUGCUCCAAAAGAGGUUAAACAAGCUGCUGAAGAGCGACUUGCCAUGCUUCGUAGUCACCUUCUCAAGAAGAAGGAUGCCAGGACUGGCCAGAACCCUGGUGCGGUGCUUGCCAGUCGGGCUUUGGGAGUGGCUGAAGCUUUGGAGAAGAAGGUCAAGAAGGAAGUGGACCCUAGCACCCUGAAUCUCCUGAGGCACGUCAUGAAGAAGGAGAAGCACAGUAAGAAAGGAGAUCACGAUGAUGAGUCUGGCAGCGAUUCUAGUCAAGAGAGUGAAGAUAAUGAGGAGCUAGGUGUUGGCCUAGUGUCCAAAGGCGAUCCCAUGGGGCGGCAGAGGAAGCUUCGCAGCCUCAGUCAGAAGAAGCCCGGGAAGUUGAUGCAGGUUGGUUACACUACGAUGCACGACCAGCUGGGGACCCAUUUUGGGUCUCUUGACACCAAGACUAGGGCCCUUUCACCGGUGGCUGUCAGAUAUCUCCUGUCCUUCGCCAUCCCUCAGUUCCAAGGCGGGAUUUCCCCUGACAAAUAUCGAGAACUACGAACCCUUGCCUCUGCAGCUGACAUGCUGGUCGAAGGAAAGAUUGGUGAGGCUGGGGACAUGCUCCUACAGCGCUUCAAGGCGUUGCUCAUGACGCUGAGGGAUGGAACAGAUCGAGCCAGUCGUUGGCUUGAACUCCUGCCCAUGGAUGAUAUGCCCACGGUGUCAAGCUCUCGUGAGGAAUAUGUGGCUCGAACCCUUGCUGUUCAACAAGCCAAGAAUGAGCAGCUGCUUCAUCGAAUGGCCGUGGGAGAGAAGUUCCAGCAGGAGUCCAAGGAAAGCAGAUGUCCGAGACCGAGAUGUUCACUUCGCAGACGAGAGGGGGAUGCCUCUAGCCAAGGAGAUCCCGCCGAAGGACACGACCUUCCGUCAGCUGCGAGAAGAACUUCCUCGACGAGAUGGAGAGUCACGAAAGAUAUGGAAAAGCAGAAUGAUGACCCACCUGAACAACAGAUCAGGAGGGAAGGGCAGCCGGUGAAUGUGAUCCCUGCUGAAGUCGUUUCACCUUUUGAGCCAGUGAAAGCUGGUGAUGCAGGCAACCUUGAAGAUGGCGUGAAUCCCAAUGAUCAGUCACACAGAGGUGUGAAGAUCGUUUGCCCGGUGUUGGCCGGGGGCACAGGGGAUGAUCGUCCUUUCAAUGCUGCCAUGUCAUCCAAUGACCUUUUUGCUGUAGAGGGCAUUGGGGGUCAGGCGACCAAGUCUGCGGAAAAUAACCCCAAUAACAGCCCCGGGAUUUGCAGGGAUGAUUCCAGGUUCUUUGAAUUUUGUGAAACGUUUGAAGUAUUACGUGACGCUCUUUGUGUGAAUCGUGUUGCCAAUACUCCUGUGCACAAGUUCUGCCGUGACAUCAUCUCUUGUGAGCAAAGUUGUUUACAAUUAGGUAUCGGGUUGGCGCAGCUCCUACUUAGCCAUCCGCGAGACGGAGUGUUCAUCAGAGACUUUUUCAAGCAAGUUUGGACACCGAAAACAGACUCGCCAAUCCGGAGGGACUUGUUGCCGUUCCAAUGGGUCCCUUCUGUGGGAGCUGCAUUGAAGCUGUUGCAGUUGUUGAAAAGCCGUAACAAUGGUGUCCUUGAGGUUACUAGGUCUGCUUUCAGUCACCUGCCAAGACAACAGCGUAAGAAACUUGUAGAUGAGGGUUGCAUGCAACUGUGGCGUUUCAUGAUUAUUUGUGUUCUCAAUGGUGAAUAUUGUGAUUGGAAUAUCCCACCUAAGCUCGCCCCUUCACAACCUGGACUUGGUCAAAAAGCUGCUCUUGAGUUCAUCACCACGCAUGUUCGUCGUUUUAUCCAAGACCCUAUUACUUCCAAGAAUCUUCCGAACUAUGAUAGCCUCAUGCAGUCAAAGACCUUUGACUAUGGGGGUGAUGAGGUUUCGUAUGCUUUGCCUUUGCGCCUGGAGGAACUUCUACCUGGCCUGCCCGACGCUUCAGUUGGCGGCAGUCUCCAAGCGGUGAACGUGGCGGACACAGAGGAAGUGCUGGCCUCGUGGACCAGUGCAUCAGUGCAUGCCUUGGAUGCCUGCAGCUCGUCGAUCCUUGGUGAGGGCUUGCAUUAUGUUGGCUAUGGCUGUAGACAAGGGCUUCAGGGUUCACGGAGGCCUCGACUUUACUGGUGCUCUUGGCCAGUGAAUGCUGGUGAAGGAGAAUCUCUUGUCGAUGAUGGAGUUUCAAAGAAAUGGCAUUUCCCAGAGCAAACGCAAGUGAUGCAGCAUUGGGAAGAUGAAGGUUGGCAUCACCUUGGGAAGGGGCCCCUUCCAACCUUCACCCGUGCCUUGCCACGUCAACGCCCUCCAGCGCAGCCAGCAGGACUUGAGCAUGCGUCGAACCUGGCCCAGCUCCGAUGGCAGCAGGACCGAUACCGGUUCCAGGUUUAUCAAUAUGAGGAUGCUCACCUGUUGUGGCGUGAAGGGGUUUGGCGUUUGCCCUCAAUUUCAGAAAGGGAACGUUUGAUGGGUUUCAGUGAAGGUUAUAUCUCUGAAGCAAUUCCCCCCAAACUUUCCAAGGAUGCUGCAUUCAACUUGGGCUGUUGUAUGAUUGGGAAUACCUUCCAUGUGCCAUCUAUAAAGCUUUUGUUCUAUGAGUUGAUCCGUCAUGUUGACAAAACCACCCCAGUCCUCACUCGUUCUGAGCUGUUAGCAAAGCCGACGCCGGCGCCAGCGGGUUGGACCAAGUAUCCAUGUUUUGUAAAAACACAACCUGACGACCCGUUAGUCCCUGAACUAGUUCAUGAGGUCAUGCGUCAGGGAGAACGUGCAGGGUCAGACAUCCGGCUUGACUUGGGUGUGCCAUUUCGGGUCAAAGCCUACCCAAGAGCAGGCCCUCAUAAACUCAAUGCAGUGGCGUUUGCGAAAGUUAACAGACCGACCAAAGAAGAACGUCAGCAAAGGCGUAAAGGCCUUACGCUCAAAGAGGCGCUGAUUACGCCAGCACUGCUCAAGAGGUAUCAACUCGCCUUGCUUCAAAUCACAACUUUCUUCUUGGAGGCACAAUUUGACUUGACUCAUAUUGAUUUUCUUGAUGAUGCUGCAAGUGCAUGGAUUGAGCACAUCUUUUUUGAAGGUGAGUCAAAAGGAAUGGCCAGUGAUGCGCUGGCUAGUCUUCAAUAUUAUUUGCCAGCGUCAGGUGGCAAGUUGCGACAAAGUUGGAAAUUGAUAAAGGCAUGGCAAAAGCUUGAACCUCCAGUGCGUGUAAUACCUAUCAGCUCUCUUCUUACUCAAGCAUUUGCAGGAGCUUGUGUUUUGGCGGGUUAUGUUCAAGAAGCUGCUGGCAUCCUCGUUGCCUUCGAUGCUCUGUUGCGACCUGGGGAAUUGUAUGCCCUGAAAGUCAGAGAUGUCACAUUUUACCCUGGUAAGGCUGUCCUCAUGUUGCGUGACUCGAAAACUGGGCAGCGUCGAAACACUGGUGAAAUGGUGGUUAUCAAUAGUGUGUUAGCAAACUAUUGGCUGCGUAAAGCGUGUCAAUCCUUGAGACGGAAUGAUGAACUCUUGCAAAAUGGUGCGCCGUUCUUUCGGCAGAUCUUCAAUAAUUUGGUGACACAUUUUGCCCUUUCUGGCACAUAUGCAGUUUACUCCCUCAGAAGAGGUGGUGCAACCGCCGACUUCCUUAUGCACCAAAGCAUGGAGCGCACGUUGCUGAGGGGGCGGUGGACAAGCACGUCCACCGCCAGGAUAUAUCUGCAAGAUACCAUUGCAACAGUGGCCACACUCAAGCUUACAGCAAUACAACGGGAACAUGCUAAGCUCGCUGCAGCAGCCUUGCUUCCAGAUUUGCAAAAGUAG